AUGGCCCCCACCAAGAAGUCCAAGUCUGCAAAGUCCACCGAGUCUAUCGCCACUCGUCUGGCCCUCGUCGUUAAGUCCGGCAAGUACUCCCUCGGGUACAAGUCUGCUCUCAAGCAGAUGCGCAACGGCAAAGCUAAGCUCAUCCUCAUCGCUGGUAACGCCCCCCCUCUGCGCAAGUCGGAGAUCGAGUACUACGCCAUGUUGUCCAAGACGACCGUGCACCACUUCGCUGGCACGAACGUCGCUCUUGGUACAGCAGCCGGAAAGCUCUUCCGUGUUGGUGUCAUGACCAUCACUGAUCCCGGUGACAGUGACCUCCUCAGCGUCGCCGAGGCUCAGGCAUGA